AUGGGGUGUAUCUACUUCCUUAUUGUUGUAGGAUUAGUAAUUGUUUCUGGAAAGCGAAAUACUGGAUGUAGUCAGGUGCCAAUGUUCUGUCCACAACCUUGUAUGGUGAACAGAGGAGGAUGCACGGUGUGUGAUUGUACUGGUGGCAUGUUUUCUACCGGACAAAAUUCACCUUUUCAUGCAACAAAUUUGGGAAAACCAGUUCAGCUGAGUCAGAUGGGUCCAAUGUCUGGUCAGGGAAAUAGUGUUAAUCAAAUGGGCCAAAUGUCAGCUCAAAGUAAUUCGGUUAAUACAGGGCCAGGCUCUGGUAGUCUAAAUGGACCCAAUACUCCUAAUUUUAAUCCAAGUAAUCCUAGUGGAAGUCUUCCUAAUGGUUUUAAUGGACCAAAUACGGGACCUAUUCAAAAUGGAGGUGCAGGUGGAAUAACACUAAACCAAAUUUUAAAGUCUACUCUUCCACCAUCAUCUGGAUCACGAACGUCGACGCUAGCGCCAACUACUAUCAAAACCACGUGUGCCCCUGUCAGAUGUAUUGCGCCAUGCAAUAAAGGAGUAACGAUUUCGAGUGACGGAUGUCCAACGUGCUUAUGUUAA